AUGGGCACAGACAAUGAAACUCUCCCCCAAGACUUUCUGCUGUUGGGUUUUCCUGGGUCCCAGUUCCUUCAGCUCUCCCUUUUCAUGCUUUUUCUGGUUAUGUACAUUCUCACAGUUGGUGGUAACACGGCUAUCUUGAUGUUGGUGAGUACCUCCCACCAGCUACACACCCCCAUGUACUUCUUUCUGAGUAAUCUAUCUUUCCUGGAGAUUUGGUACACCACAGCUGCAGUCCCCAAAGCCCUGGCCAUCCUCCUGGGGAGAAGCCAAAUCAUAUCAUUUACCAGCUGCCUUUUGCAGAUGUACCUAGUUUUCUCACUGGGCUGCACAGAGUACUUCCUCCUGGCAGCCAUGGCUUACGACCGCUAUCUGGCCAUCUGUUACCCUCUCCACUACGGGGUCAUCAUGAAUAGCCUCCUCUCAGUGCAGCUGGCCCUAGGCUCCUGGGUCUGUGGUUUCUUGGCCAUCGCAGUGCCCACAGCCCUCAUCAGCAGCCUGUCCUUCUGCGGCCCCCACACCAUCAACCACUUCUUCUGUGACAUUGCACCCUGGAUUGCCCUGGCGUGUACCAGCACCCGGCCAGUGGAACUUGUGAGCUUUGUGAUUGCUUCUGUGGUCAUCCUGAGUUCCUGCCUUAUCACCCUGGUCUCCUACGUCUACAUCAUCAGUACCAUCCUCAGGAUUCCCUCAGCCAAGGGCAGAAGCAAAGCCUUCUCCACCUGCUCCUCACAUCUCACUGUGGUGCUCAUCUGGUAUGGGUCCACAAUCUUCCUUCACGUCCGCACCUCCAUCAAAGAAGCCUUGAACCUCACCAAAGCUGUCCAUGUCCUGAACACCGUGGUAACUCCAGUUCUAAACCCUUUCAUCUACACUCUCCGUAACAGGGAAGUACGAGAAACUCUGCUGAAGAAAUGGAAGGGAAAGUAA